UACGUAUACGUCCGUACUCGUGCGUGUCAACAGUCCGCAACAGCCGCCGGAACGGCGGGAACCCUCGCGCUCGCAUUGUCUUGUGUACGAGACCGGUAGAAUUUUCUUCUCGAUUCUGUCUGAUUCUGUCACGUUCUGUCACGCUCCGUGCGAAAACUGCGAAAGCACUCGAUAGUCGAGACCGACCCUUAAAGAUGUGCGACGAUACUGUUCGCGUCGCUCUACGUAUCCGUCCAUUGGUAGAGAGCGAGCUAGAGAAAGGCUGUCAAGCAUGCUUGGACACAAUCCCCGGAGAACACCAAGUUCGCAUAUGCAAUACCGACAAAGCAUUCACGUACAAUUACGUAUUUCCUCCUCACGUUGGACAAGAGGACUUUUAUAACACAGCAAUCAAACGACUUGUAGAUAAUACUUUCCAAGGCUAUAACGUUACGAUACUGGCAUAUGGACAGACUGGUAGUGGUAAGACCCAUUCCAUGGGCACCAAUUACACAGGUGUGGGAGAGAAGGGUAUUAUUCCGAGAGUUAUCUACGAUAUAUUUGACAUAAUUGAAUCCAAGAAAGACUGGAACUUUAAAGUUGCGGUCUCAUUCAUGGAAUUGUAUCAAGAACAAUUGUACGAUCUCUUGUCCGACAAGCAGAAAAGUCAAUCCAUCGUAGAUAUUAGAGAGGAUGGAAAAAGCAUAAGAAUUGUUGGCGUAACCGAGAAACAAGUUGCAAACGCUCAAGAGACGUUAGAGUGUUUAGCCCAAGGUUCCAUGGGUCGCGUAACGGGAGCUACUGCUAUGAAUGCGCAUAGUAGCCGUAGUCACGCAAUAUUUACGUUAUGCAUACGCCAGCAAAAGAGUGAUGAUCCGAAUACAGCAACAGUGGCGAAACUUCAUUUGGUUGAUUUAGCUGGAUCUGAACGGAGUAAAAAAACUCAAGCCACCGGAGAACGGUUUAAAGAGGGUGUAAAUAUAAACAAGGGUCUACUGGCUCUAGGGAAUGUCAUCUCGCAACUCGGUGACGGUGCCUCUGGGACUUACAUAGGAUACAGGGACAGCAAGCUUACUCGAUUGUUACAAGAUUCUUUAGGCGGCAACUCCAUGACGCUUAUGGUCGCCUGUGUCAGUCCAGCCGAUUAUAAUUUGGAUGAAACUCUUAGUACGUUGAGAUAUGCCGAUCGUGCGCGCAAGAUAAAGAACAAGCCGAUCGUGAAUCAAGAUCCGAAAGUAGCGGAGAUCAGUCGCUUGAACAAAUUGGUUCAGGAACUGCGGCUGGCCCUUAUGAGUCAAGAACUCGGCAUAACGUGUCCCAAGGAGCAUGAGGCACUCGAGGAGAAAUAUCGUGUAUUACAGCACAAACUCAGAGACAUGACGGAAAAAUUAAAUUUGAAUUUAGGAGAAAUUGUAAUUAUGCACGAACGAGCGGAAAUGGCAGAACAAGCUCGAGAAAAAAUUAGAAUUGCCAUGGCAUUAUUAUUAGACGAAUUCAAGCAAGUUUUACAAGAUUUCGAUACUUGUUCUGAAAUCGAUGACGAAAAGCGUAAUAAAUUAAAAGCGAUAUACGAAAGGAUGUUGGAUAUUCAAAACGAUGAAAGGAAGGCAUCUGAAGAGCUUAUAAAUCAUGAAAUAUCCAACUCCAAAAAUUGCGUCUCGCACGUGGGGGAAGAUGUAGCGGAAUGUGUACGUACAGAAGAAUCGAACAAUGUCGAAGACAGUUUGGAUUACUUUGACAAAAAGGAAGAGGAACACACCUUACGGCAAGCGGAGCGAAACAACGAGGUGCAAAAUAUUAAUAAGGAACUGGCGCUUAAAGAAAGCCUCGUGUCGGAACUCAUAAAAAGCGCCACGCAAGAAAAUGCCGAAAGCCGUAAGAACAUCAUUGAGAUGGAGCAAGAACUCAAACGGCUACAUGCGGAAAAAGAGGAAAAUUUACAAGCGGUACACGCACACAACGUCAGCUCCAAAUUGGCUGAGACACGUCGUAAAAAGGUGCAAGAAUUGGAAAGAAAGAUAGCGGAAUUGACACGCAAGUGCACGGAACAGAACAAGAUAAUCAAGGGGAAAGAGAAGCAGGAUCAAAGGAUUAAAACUCUCGCCAGUGAGAUACAGUCGUUAAAGGAAACUCGAGUCAAGCUUAUCAGGCAGAUGCGCAACGACGCAAAUAAUUUUACAAAGUGGAAACAAUCCAAGGAGAAGGAAAUUAAUAAAUUACGAACACAGGAUCGUAAGCGUGCUUACGAAAUGGUACGCAUGAAAAUAGAACAUAAUAAACAAGAGAAUGUCUUUAAGAGAAAAAUGGAGGAGGCCUUUGCAGUUAACAAAAGAUUAAAGGGCGCAUUGGAGAUGCAGAGAAAGGCGAUACAGCGUCAGGAAAGGAAGGCCAAUAGCAAAGAGGAGAUAAAAACUUGGAUGGCUCAGGAAUUGGAAGUAUUAAUGGCCACCGUAGAAGCGGAUUAUUCUCUUGAAAAACUGAUGCAAGAUAGAGCUUCGUUGGUGCAUCAAUUGGAGCAACUUAAAAAAAAUAGCGAUCCGGAUGAAGAGGAGCUUAUGACUCUUACCGAAUUUAUAGAACUGCGUAACGCACAAAUUGCAGAUCUGCAGCAAAAGAUUCUCGAGUCGGACCAGGAAACUAGGACAAGUGCCAGAUGGAAUAUAAUACGUACAAUAGCGGAUGCCAAGGCGGCAUUUGAAACGGCAUUCCAUAUAAUUACACAAGACAGGAAGCAACAGUGUUACAAGUAUGACGAAUUGAAAGAGAAGUAUCGGAACUUGGAAGCGCGACUGGAGGAAUAUGAAAAACGGGAUAGAGUAAAUGAAAUGUCUCGUCCGCGAUCUCGUCCGCGAGAUACGUCUGACACGUCCUCUAGCGAUACUGAAACUUUGACAAAAUCUGAAAGACAGAUUUUAACAGAGAAUAAGUUAAAUACAAAUGAAAGAUCACCGUCUAAGAAAAGAAAGAGGGAAAGUAAAAUAGAGGUAAUCAACGAGAAUGCUUACUUAUCGCACGAUGAUAGUUCAAUGAUGGAGGACGAUGUCGAUAAAGAUCCAGAUUGGAAAAAGACACCGCUUUACAGUCGCAUACAAAAAUUGCAGAAUAAAUCAAAACUUUCCAUUCAACGAUUGACUUUUAAAAUGGAACCCGAUUCGAACCCGAUAAAGUGCGCUUGUAAAACUAAAUGUGCUACACGGAUAUGCACGUGUCGCAAGAAUGGAGUUACCUGCAACAACUGUAGCUGUGACUCGGAACAAUGUCAGAAUAAAGACAAACAGAAUUUGCGUACUACGCUAUUUUCAGAUGUCAUGGAGGAUGAAGCGAAAUGUGAUUAG